UCACAUUCUGAGUUUCUUACUCAAACCUUGAGCGAGAGACCGAUCGAGAUACCAAUUAAGGACAUCUAGCAGACAUGGCCACUGCUGCUACUUCAUUGAAGAUGCCCGUUUUGGCCGCACUCUUGCUGCUCCUAGCCGUGGCGUGCCGGGCCAGCCCGUACUACCCUCUGGAGCUUGGGUACUACCGUUACAAGUGCCCCCAGGCCGAGACCAUUGUGAAGACUGUCAUGGAGAAGGCCAUCGGCCAGAACCCCGGCAAUGGCGCCGCCCUCAUCCGGAUGCUCUUCCACGACUGCUUCGUCGAGGGCUGUGAUGCUUCCGUGCUUCUGGACCCGACCCCGUUCAGCCCGACGCCGGAGAAGCUCAGCCCGCCCAACAACCCGAGCCUGCGCGGCUUCGAGCUGAUCGACGCGAUCAAGGACGCGCUCGAGGCUGCCUGCCCCGGAGUCGUCUCCUGCGCCGACAUCAUCGCCUUCGCGGCCCGCGACGCGUCCUACUUCCUGAGCCACGGCAGGGUCUACUUCGACAUGCCGGCGGGCCGCCUCGACGGCACCUUCUCCAACGCCUCCGAGCCGCUCAAGUUCCUGGUCCCGCCGACGUCCAACCUCAGCGCCCUCAUCUCCAGCUUCGUCGUCAAGGGGAUGUCGGUGGAGGACCUGGUCGUCCUCUCCGGCGCGCACACCGUCGGCCGGUCCCACUGCUCGUCCUUCGUCCCCGAUCGCCUCGCCGUCCCCUCCGACAUCAACCCGGGGCUGGCUGGGUUCCUCAGGGGCCGCUGCCCGGCCAACCCGACGAGCAGCGACGACCCGACGGUGAUGCAGGACGUGGUGACGCCCAACGACAUGGACAACCAGUUCUACAAGAACGUGCUGUCGCACACCGUGCUGUUCACCUCCGACGCGGCGCUCCUGACGUCGCCGGAGACUGCCAAGCUGGUGGUGGACCACGCCAAGAUCCCCGGGUGGUGGGAGGACAGGUUCAAGAAGGCCAUGGUCAAGAUGGCCAGCAUCCAAGUGAAGACCGGGUACCAGGGGCAGGUAAGGAAGAACUGCAGAGCGAUCAACCACUACUAGUUGAUCACUUGCAGGUUUAAUUUGCACCGUACCGGUGCAACCUGAAAGAUCGUUCUUGAGAAAAAAAACUUGGUGAAGGAUCAAUCUGUUCAGUUGUUGAUUUUUUAUUCAUGAGUUGCAGCGUAUUGUUGUAGUGUCAAGUGCUGUUCGUUAUUGUUAUCUUUGUGUUUUCGUCAUUUGCCUUUGUUUGAUUUCUUCAAAGCCUGAGAGGUAGUGUACGUGAUUCUUUGGUUUGUGUUUCUGUAUUCGGAAUCUAUGAAAAAUAAAGUUGAAUAUAUAAGUUCAGUUUGUAUAA